GCUUUCAAGGACAAUACAAUGGAAUCGGAUCAAUGAACAGUUUCCCCAAUUGGACGGUGUCGAGAGUCGAGAUAGUAGCCCUAUCACCUGAUAGUAUCAUAGUAUAUCGUAUCGUAGUAGAUAAAUAGCUUUAAAUUGAAUGCCACUUUGGUUUUGUAGGUUUAGUUGUCAAUUUGCUUUAGUAGAAGAACUGUGGUAACUUUUUCACCAAUAAUUUCAUUGUGCCGGUAUCCCAUUUUAUAUUCAGCCAGUUUCACUUUACUUCUUCACUCCAAUUAUUAGAGGAUAUUCGUUUUAUCUAAGUUAUUUCAAGUGGUACAGAUGGGCUCAAAAGUUCCUUUUGUUCAGUUCAACAACGGCAACCGGUUUCCAAUUAUCGGACUGGGCACUUGGAAGUCGAAGCCAGGUGAAGUAGUGGCCGCCGUGAAGUGGGCGUUCGACGCCGGCUAUAGGCACAUCGACUGCGCUCAUGUCUAUCAAAAUGAGAAAGAAGUGGGUGAAGCUAUUGGAGACAAGCUGAAGGAAGGUGUUAUCAAACGGGAGGACAUAUACGUCACCAGUAAGUUGUGGAACACAUAUCAUCGUCCAGACCUUGUCAAGCCAGCUUUGAGGCAAACCCUGAGUGAUCUUGGUGUAGCUUACUUGGAUCUCUACCUCAUUCACUGGCCUCAUGCUUUCAAGGAAGAAGCAGGACUUUUCCCGCAAGACAAGGAUGGCAAGACUGUGUACAGUGACGUUGACUACGUCGACACAUGGAAGGCACUGGAAGAGUGCGUCAACGAAGGUCUCACUCGCUCUAUUGGUCUAUCCAAUUUCAAUAGUCAGCAGAUAGACAGGAUUCUGUCGGUGGCCGAGAUCAAGCCAGUCGUCAAUCAGGUUGAGUGCCAUCCUUACCUGAACCAGAAGAAGCUGAAGGAAUUCUGCGAGUCGAAAGACAUCCUGUUGACAGCCUACAGUCCAUUGGGCUCCCCGGACAGGCCGUGGGCCAAGCCGGGUGACCCCCAGCUCAUGGACGAUCCCAAACUCAAGACACUUGCUGAAAAAUACCAGAAAACCAUCGCUCAGAUUCUCAUCAGAUAUCAAGCUCAGAGAGGUGUUAUUGUUAUCCCUAAAUCAGUGACGAAAUCCAGAAUUGAGAGCAAUUUCGAUGUGUUCGACUUUGAACUGGCUGAUGAGGAUAUGAGUUACAUUGACAGUUUCGAUUGCAAUGGAAGGGUUCUACAUCUUGAUUGGGUGAAGGACCACAAGCACUACCCAUUCAACAUCGAGUUUUAAACAUAUUUCAACUGAGAAACUAUAUUCGUUACCUAAUAUGUAUUUUAUGAGUAUUUGUGCUUUGUAACACGAUAUUAUCUGUAUUUUGGUGCAUGAAUUUCCUCUGAGAAAUAUCCUAUAGAUUAUGUUCUUCUUGAUAAAUAAAAUGUAUUUUCUAAUGA